AUGGCUUGGCUGAUCUUAUGGAUUUACUACGUUGCUUUAUGGACAAAUAAAGCAGGUAUUGGAGAUUCUUCUGUCAAUGACAAUGUUUUCUCUGAAAAUAUCACACGCAUCUUGGAUACAUUAUUGGAUGGUUAUGACAACAGACUACGUCCUGGAUUUGGAGGUCGUGUCACUGAAGUCAAAACUGAUAUCUACGUAACAAGCUUUGGUCCAGUUUCAGAUGUGGAAAUGGAAUACACAAUGGAUGUUUUCUUCCGACAGACAUGGAUUGAUGAGCGCCUAAAAUUUGAUGGCCCCACAGAAAUACUUAGGUUAAAUAACUUAAUGCUCAGUAAGAUUUGGACUCCAGACACUUUUUUCAGAAAUGGAAAAAGAUCUAUCUCUCACAAUAUGACAACCCCCAAUAAACUCUUCAGAAUCAUGCAGAAUGGGACAAUUCUCUACACAAUGAGGUUGACAAUAAAAGCAGAAUGUCCAAUGAGGUUAAUGAAUUUUCCUAUGGACGGACAUGCAUGCCCACUUAAGUUUGGCAGUUAUGCUUAUCCCAAAAGUGAAAUUAUUUAUACAUGGAAAAAGGGUCCUUUGUACUCAGUUGAAGUGCCAGAAGAAUCUUCAAGUCUUCUACAGUAUGAUCUCGUUGGGCAAACAGUUUCCAGUGAAACAUUGAAGUCUAAUACAGGUGAAUAUUCUCAACAAGUAGUGCUCUUCUAUCUACGAAGGAAAAUAGGUUAUUAUAUCAUUCAUACAUACAUCCCAUGUAGCAUGACUGUUGUCUUGUCUCAAGUUGUCUUUUGGAUCAACAAAGAAUCGGUUCCAGCGAGGACUGUUGCUGGAAUUACAACAGUUCUAACAAUGACCACUUUAGGAAUCAGCGCAAGACAUUCCUUUCCUAAAGUGUCCUAUGCAACUGCUAUGGAUUGGUUCAUAGCUGUCUGCUUCGCAUUUGUCUUUUCUGCCCUUAUUGAGUUUGCUGCAGUAAAUUAUUUUACCAAUCGUCAGACACAACAGGCAAUGGCAAAAGCAGCUAAAGAAUCUGCACUAUCAACUGUGGCUAUAACCGCAUCAGCCGAAGGAGAAAUUGUCACGCAUUCUGAUUCCAACUGCAACUUAAAGAAAAGAAUCAACUCAAUGGUUUUUCAAGGAAAUGUAUCACUGGAAGAUAACUUACCAUCAUAUGAUGCAUCUUACUGUCCACAAAUCAAUGUUCCUCCUGCAGACUUUUCACAGCUCGGAAUGUCAUCAAACACUUUAAGUGGAACUAGCAAAAUAGACCAAUAUGCAAGAAUAUUAUUCCCAGUGGCAUUUGCAGGAUUUAAUUUAGUAUACUGGGUUGUAUAUCUCUCGAAAGACACAAUGGACCUAAAUAGCAAUAUGUGA